AUGUAUGAUUUUCACUACCAAAUCAUAAAAAGGUUUUUUGGUUCAAAUGUUAAACUCUUGUAUUCUGACACAGAUUCACUUUUUUAUGAAAUUAUCACUAAUGAUAUAUAUGUAGACAUGAAUAGCCCUGAACUAAAACAAGACUUGAAUAUUUGUAAGAAACAAACUCUGUUUCGAUCAAAAGAUCAUAGAAUUAAUACCAUUACAAUCAAUAAAAUUGCAAUGAAUGCAAAUGAUGACAAAAGACACAUUCUAGAUGAUGGUAUUAACACCUUAGCUUAUGGGCAUUAUAAAUUAUGUCAGUGA